UAUUUGUUCCUGACACAGGCGAGCACCUCGAUCUGGGACGCGCUGGCGUUCGCCGGACCCGCGCCGGAGCGCAUCAACGGGCGGCUGGCCAUGGUGGGUUUCGUGACUGCGCUUGCCGUGGAAGCAGGCCGUGGCGACGGGCUCCUCUCGCAGCUCGGCAGCGGCACCGGGCAGGCGUGGUUCGCCUACUCCGUGGCGGUGCUGUCUGUGGCGUCGCUGGUGCCACUGCUCCAGGGCGAGAGCGCUGAGGGCAGAGCCGGUGCCAUCAUGAACGCCAACGCGGAGCUCUGGAACGGCCGCUUCGCCAUGCUCGGCCUCGUCGCGCUCGCCGCCACCGAGAUCAUCACCGGCGCGCCUUUCAUCAACGUGUAAAACUAGCUUUGUCGUGGACCGGAUAACACAACCUGUACCUAGGACAUGUAAAUGAUGAGAAUUGAUCAUCCUCAUAUUCUUUGUAGUGCUUAUACUAAUUAAAGACAGUUCAUACUACGGGAGCUGCUUUGUUUCUCA